AUGACAAGCGCUAAAGACGAAAAAUCUGAGAGUUCGUCUUCAGACGAGGACGAGGAAUCUUUGAGAGAACUGGUAGGUUGUAGUUAUCAGCAUUUGUAUAGUAACUUCCAAGUUUUAGCAGUUUCACAGUGAUCGAUUGUGGUUUGAUUUCUGUUCGCUUUUGUUCUCAACUUUUUCAGGUUUUUUCUUAUUUGGGGCUUUCUUUUCAUAAAAAGUGCUUUGUUUUCGGUUGUUGAAAGAUCAGUCGAUAAUAACUGCGGGGAACUGAUUGAAUUCAUUACAUUGAAAAUUAAUUUUUAAGAAGUUUAAGAUUACUUUGGUCAACAUCGAGUUUACGUGAUCAUUAAUUAAUGAAAGCCCAUUUUAUUUUAGAGUUUUCGUUUUGAUGCGUUUUUCCAUUGCACUGUUUUGAAUGGAUUUAUGUAUUGAAGUUUUCAGCGUAAAAACUGUCAGAGGAGUGUGCCGGGGGUUGCAGCCUAGCAAGGGCUGCGCUGCAAAUGGGGUUUGAUUAAGAUUCCUGGAGAUGGUUUCAUUUGAUCUUUACCAAGGAUAUCCUGGUUUCUAGCUUCAGAAAAAGUUUUCAAGUAUUCGUCUUCUCCUAAUCCACAUUCAGUGUCAUAAUGCAAAGAGCAGUGAAAGGAGAAGACCAUAAUAUCCUUGAUUUCCGUUGUACCUACAUGUACAUGUACGCUUAUGCAAAGCAAUAGUUCUCUGAUCAAGCUCUAGACCUAGCCUUGCCACAGCUCCAUCUUUUAAAGCCUUUGAAGGUGAGAGUAUGCAAGGCACCUAGUUGCACCCAGGCUCGAUUUCUGCCGUCUCCUGAGUACAGUCUUUGGUCACUCUCAAUAAGGGGGAUGGUUGCGGGCUUAUUUGUCCAGAACAACGGCUGGUAAUUGAGCCUAGCUGCACCAGAAGAUCCAAGUUGAGAGGCACUCGUGCAGAAAAUACAUUAUGCCCUUUUUGGGGAGGCACAUUAUACAACAACCCUAAAAACAGCUGGAUAGAGAUGCCAGACUGACUGCAAUAACCACUGUCAUAAUUUCUUUAUCUUAUCUUUACUUUGUGAGUUUUUCUUUUAUGUUUGCAUUUGUCUUUUGUUUUUGUGUUGCUAUCUGUGUUUUUUUUUUUAAUUUUAAUAUUUUGCCUUGACCUAACCAUCAUGACCCAGGUAAUGAAUAAAUCUUACCAGUUUGAUAUAUUCUGAAUCUAUAACAGACUGUUUUUCAUUUAGGGAUUAAGAAGAUAUUUUGCUGGCAAAUAUACAGUUUAUUAUAAUAUUUUUUUUUUAUUUCCACUCUUCUGACACUUUAGGAAUUUCAAGGUUUUAAGUAGACAAACUAUACUAUAAGUAUUUUUCUUUUCUCUUUUUGUUUCUCUUUAUUAUUUUUUUACGUUUGUAUUUUGCUUUGUUUUGUUCUUUUUUAUGUUGUGAAGAGACAAGCAGUUCAGUCUGUCAAUAAAGCCAGAUUAAAAAGGAAACACACGAAAAGCUCCCUUGAAGAACUGGUACAUGAUUAAGUUUUCAUUGUGAUAUAUCACCACAUAAAUGCUUACGAAUAAAUACACACAAAGGCAAUAGUUCUUAGACACAUUGUAGAAGUGAAUCUACUGUACUACAGUUGCACUUUUUUAUUUUAUUUCACAUUCAUUUUACAUAACUUUGAUAAAAGAUGUGAGACGAGAAAUAGUGGUUUGGCUUUCACAACAGAUCAGGGACCAUUAUAAUCAAAAGUUAUGACAGCAUUUACAUGGCAGCAUUAGCCUCAAUCAGUGGCUCCUUGCAGCCUACAGUUCAGACAUUUUUGGGGGUAGGGGUGGGGAUGAGAACUGUCUAGAAUUUGCUUGGGUUGCGGUGAAAAAGUCAAAGGGGAGUAGCAACCUGCACAAUGAGCAUUAUUAGGGAUUUUCGGGUAGGGAAGACAGGCAAGAAAACAACUGGCUACAAGGGCUGUAAAAACGACAAAAACUACCUCGAUAAUAAUGCCAGAGAGUUAAACCCUUUUGACUGGAUUUGCUCUGAACAAUGAAUGUUCCAGCACUUACCAGUUUUUUAAGCCUCUUGCCAGUCAGUAUAUUGACUUUUAAAAAAGUCCUUCUCGUGACUUUGUCACUCGCUCAGCUGCUUUGUUGCCUCAACAGCUCGCUCCACUCACUUAGAAACUCGUGAGAUUGACUUGUGGCAAGUCUAGCCAGUGACUAUGACUCAGACAAGAAUCCUAUCUCGCAAAUGAGUGAAAAAUCUGCUCUAUUAAAAUUAGAUGGGAGUUUGGCUGUGUCCAGAUCCUGGGUGGUAAAAAAACAUCCUUUUGAAAGAUAUUCAAGCUGUCUUGGCUUUAGAUACGGGAGUACCCUUAUGGAACCCAAACAUGCUUUCAGUUGGGACGUAAAUUAAGACUCACUGGAUAUGGUGAUAGAACAGUGUUCACAUGGUCUUGAAAAGUCCUUGAAUUUUAGGUGGAGUCCUUGAAAAGUCAUAGAAUUCCAUUUUUUCUGGAAAAGUCUUUAAAUUUCUGUGCAAGUCUUUGAAAUAUCCUUGAAUUUUCCUCAAUUAUUUGAAUUUAGGGGCCUGGAAAGUGAUUUUUAAUGAUAGAAUAUAACUCAUACCUCAGAGACGUUAAAGGUGAUUUAGAGCUGUACUUAUAGGGUUUUAUGCAAGAAUUAACUCUCAAUUUAAUCAAGUGAAUUGAAAAAUGUAGAGACGUUGGAGGAGCAAACAGUUCAAGCCUUUAUUUAAAAGUCUAUUAGAAUGGAAUGUUAAUGUGCAUUUUUGCACAAUCUGUGAUCAAAUUACAUUCCUGGUGGGUGGUCCUUGAAAAGUCCUUAAAAAAUAAUUGCAAUUUUCUGUAUGAACCCUGUAGAAACUAGAUCCACUUUCAGAGUAUGGCUAAUGAUGUAAGCUUUGUGCUGUUAUGUAAAUUCAAGGCUUUAAUUGCUCUAGCACUGCCCAAUUGCCCCUGGUGCCUAAGUCUCAUUGGAGACUAGAAAAUCUUAGUUUUUUACAUAGAAAUCAUAUGUGGGGCACCCUAGAUUUCAUAAGUUUAGGGUUCUGCUGGCCCCCAUGUCAAUUUUUCUUAGAGCACAGUCUUGUGUAGGUUAGAAAUCCUCUACUUACCCAGCGGCCAGUUAUUGCCUAGCAGCUCAUUUCUUUUGUCUAUAGUGCACUGUAAAUGGAGUCAAGUUUGAAAAGUUACAGAAAGGAUCAGGAAAAAAUGUCAAAUCCUUGGAGAUGUUCUUCUCAGGCUUUCCAAAGAUAAUUGGCAUGGAGAACUUUCCAAGCCUACAGAGCCUCACUCUAAUGGGUCAGCAGAUUACCAUGCUGGAGAAUCUGGAGUGUUUACCAAACUUGACAGAGUUAUGUGUGUCUGAAAGCAAGCUGUCUGUAAGUCAAUUUCUGUAUGACACUGUACACUGUAUCCCCCCCCCCCCACCUCUUCAUGGGAUGAGUUUUCAGUAUUCUGGUCAUGGGCAGCUGAGAUUCUAUAAUCCUUGCAUUGUGUUCCAGGCUCCGUAGCUGCACUAUUGAAGGCCUGAGAUCUAAAAAAAAAGCUUCAAAUAUGUUAUAUCAACGUGUAUUUGAUAAGAAUUCUCCUGAAUUUCGUGGUAUUUUGAAUGUUAUUGUGAAUUUUGCAGGAUUUCCUGGAUUUACUUGAAUUUCGCGGCUCCACGACCACGCAAAAUAUCAGGAUCCCUGAAAACCCCUAACAAAGAUGUAUAAGCUCAGCAGUUUACCGUAUUCUCAAGUACAAUACCCUUGACCAUGCAGUUUUCAGUUGGGGAUCAUGCCCCAACUCCCUGCUCUUGUCAAGUCCUAAAGUCUCUGAUUUCUUUACCUGUCAUAGUCUGGCUUCUUGCUUAAAGACCCUUUACCUUUCACAGUUGCACAUCGUACUCUACCCUGAUAAGAUGGAGGUUGUACCUAAUUAAUUAAUUUGAUCAUAUACUCUAUUUUAAAAAUUAAUUUAUUUUAUUAGAAUGUAACGCAAUCAUUACUACAUGUAUAGUAAAUUAAACAAACAUCAAAAGUUCAGAAUAAAGCAUAAAAGUACAGUGAGUGAGUAGUAUUAGUUUUAUGUAUUUUGUACAUUUUUAAUAAUAUGGCCAUUUUGAGGAUAUUUUAUUUUUGGAGUUGUAAUGUACUUUAAGUAGCCAUUGCCCUUGACGUGGAAAAGUGGCCAUUAUAGGGAGGUUAAAACAGGUAUGAGAGUAAAUGAUAAUAAAUUAUAGACUGUCAGUAGAGACUGAGAUAUGAGUGGUGGCACUGUGGAAAGGUGGGCAUUUGAAGAGGUUGCAUGUAACUGUAGCUGACUCAUCUCCAAUCAUCUCUUUUUGGAUCGCGCACAUGACUGCAGGAAAUGCAAGGGGUGAUUAGAAGGAGGAAAACAAAAUGGAGAGAGAGGGAGAGUUUUCCUUCUUUCCUCCUUCACAUCACCUGAUGACUCCCCUUGACCACGCUUGUCUUGUUAAGAUAUUAAUAGACAGCUUUAGGUUAGAGGACAACUAUGAGUAGGGGAUUUUCUCAAUACUACAUUGUAAGUAGACAUUGGCAGGAUAAAAACAUGAUAGCCGUCAUCAUUCUACAAUGGGUUUUAGCAAGAACAUGUGGUGGUAGCGUGAGCAAGUUAUUAAAUGUGAGAUGUUUUAUCAUAACAAAAGAUAUGGUGACGUGUAUUUUGUUUUUCUCAACAGAAAAUUUCCGGUCUCAGUGAGUGUAAACAGUUAAGAAAACUGCUGUUGUAUGACAAUAGGAUUGCAAAAAUAGAGAAUAUUUCACAUCUGGAUCAGCUGACUGUCUUGUGGCUCAAUAAUAACAGAAUCAGUGAUAUAGAGGUAAUAACCAGUAACCAUUAAUAAAAUGUAACUUCCAGAUUAUUUACACCGGUUAGCUUAAGCUUGUCAAGUGAGGGUAUGUCGACAAAUGUGCAUGUUGUUAGUCCAACCUACUCUAGCUCAUCCAGACUAGCUCAGAUCAAGCUUUUAGCCAGGAAUUGGUACAUGGCUGUUCACCAAUCAUUUGAAACCACUGAGUGAGAAUCAACAAGAUGUGCUUUUAUUUGUUUAUUUUCUCCUAAAAAGUGGCUGUCCAGGGGAUGGCUGGUCGGCCACCUGGCUAAAAGCUUGGUUCAAAUGAUCAUGCAGCAUGCAAACAGAAUCGUGUCUAUAGCUCAGGGGAUAGAGAAUUUUGCCAUUAUGCCAUUAAAAAAGCAUUCUGUUCUUAACUUGCCCAACAGGCAAGUGAAGGGGGAUUUAACUACAGAUUGGGGAAGUACUUUAAGACAAAUUUCAAAUUCCUCAUUAAUUCACAUGGACCAACUGAAAGCCAUGGUUUUAGGUUCAUCUGACAAAGUAAAUUCUGUAAAAACUAGUAUCAAAACAAGUAUACUGCUGGCUGCGAGUCGCCAAGGUUUCAAAUACUGCACAUGGUGUAUUUCGUCCAAAAUGUACAUAAAUACAGAAGAUAUAAAAUUCGAAAUCUAUGUAAAGAUAUCAACAGGAAGUACAAUCAGUCAAGAAAUGUUAAAACAAACCGUAAAUAAGAAUAAUAUUCACGUACCCAUUGGUGUCUCUCAAGUUUUGCAACUAGUAGUAAUGAUCUUACUAAUCAACGAUUGUUACGUCAUGUCAUUAGUCGUGAUUAUAUCAUGCAUGAAUUUCGUGUUAUACCGAAACACUCCCCCGCCACUCGUGUUAAUAACACUACAUUUCAUUUCAGACUAGAGGUUGUGUGAUCGCCACAAUCUCCGGGUAAAAGUAAGGCUCGUAAAGCUUUUGUUAAAUUGUAGCUGACUAAAACGAAUAAAUAAAGCAAUUAAUUAAUUAACUAAUGCUGUAAUUAUUAAUUAAUUAAUUAAUAAUUAAUUAUUACUCCUGCUCAUCAAAUCUUUUUUCGGUCUAGUACAUGCUAGCUGUAAAACUGAUUCUCUUUGCAUGCAGCUGUCAUGUCAUUAAUUACAGAAGGCUGUGACUUACGUAUUGGUAAUUGGCCUUGCCUCGUCCAUUUUCCCUCAUCAUAACCGAAAGUCUUUUCAUGAUACAGGGAUUAGAUGGGCUUCUGUAUCUUCUAGACUUAAACUUGGCUGCAAACAGAAUAACAAAAAUAGGUGAGUGGUUCUAACUCUCCAAAAACUGGUAACAGUACUUUUUAACCCUUUAAACUCUAAGAUCAAAAUUUGAAUUCUCAUUUGUUGCCCCUAUUCAUUUCCUACAGAAGUAGUGGGGAGAAGUUGAUAAAAUAUCAAGCAAAUUUGUUUUGUUUGAUCAUGUCUGUAACUCUCAUGACCACUCUGUUUUACAAAGAAUUGAUAUUAAAAGGAGAAAUAUGGUGCUGAUCACUCUCAGGGCUUAAAGGGUUAAUAAAAAAGAACGUUUUCUACUGAAGAUAAUGUUAUUAAUAGUAAUUUUAUCUAUGUAUAUGUUACAGGUCAUAAUUAAAAUCAGGUAAAAUUUUUUUAACCCAGGUUGAUUCUCAAUUUCCUUUGUCUCUUAGCCAUGAUUCAUGAAUAAUUACGGCCAGGAGGCAAAGGAUAUUUAGAAUCAACCCAGGUUAAAAAAAUAAUUUUAACCUAAAUUUAAUUUUGACCUGUAACAUAAUCGUAUAUAUGUAGGUGUGUGGGUAUUGUUUCACUGAUUGAGUACACUUUGGUCCAGUUUUGAAAAAUUCUUAAACAGUACCGCUUUUUUGCAGGAAAUUCUUUCAGUGGAAAUUUAAACCUUAAGACGUUAGACCUUUCUGCAAAUUACAUUGCAUCAUUGAAGGUACAGUUUAUUGUCUUGCCAGCCUUAACUUAUUUUUAAGGAUUUUUACCCGUUCAAAGUUAAUUCACCGAUACUCGUCCAUGGCGCUGGACAGCAGCUCGAUCAAAAGAGCAAAUGGUUGCUUGCUUUAAAUUUUCCAACCAAAUUUUCUACAGUGGGACCUCAAUUUGAUGGUCCUCUUUGUGAUGAUAUUCUUGGUAUAAUGACUUUCUUCACCCCAGCAAAAGCAAAAUGUGUGGAUAAGAACCUCAAUAUAACAAAACCUUGUUAUAGUGAACAUAUUUUGUGGGUAUCUUGGCUCUUCGUUAUAUAGAGGAUCUACUGUAAUGUAAUACCAUAUUUAUUCGAUUAACCGCUUAUUUGAGUUUGAGUGGGAGUGGGAGGGAGGUGGGGUGGGGGUGGGCGCUUAUUCGAGGCUGGGCGCUUAUUAACUUUUUCCGCCUUUAGGAUGGGCACUUAUUUGAGGUGGGUGCUAAUUCGAGGUUGGGCGCCUAUUCGAAUAAAUACGGUAUUCUUAUUUCAUGUUCAACUAACAAAUAAAUAUUUUAUUAUCCAGGUCUUAGAUAGUCUGCUACAGAGCUGUUUUUAGUGUCGUCACGCAACGCUCCUCCCCACAAUUACAAAGGGAGGAGCAUUGCGUGACGACACUAAAACUGGCUGUGUAGCAGACUAGGUCCUAGAAGAAUGACCUACAUAAUAAUAUAAAUUUCCCUUUACCAGGUAAAGACCUGUCUGAUGUUGUUUUUAAAUUGUAUAGGAUCUGACAAACCUUUCGCGUCUACCUUGUCUGGAGUCAUUAAGCCUAAAGGAUCCGGUGUAUGGACCAAACCCUGUAGCUUUGUUGUGUAACUACUCCACUCAUCUGCUCUAUCACUUGCCACAGCUACGUAGAGUUGACUCAUACAGUGUGGAAAACAAAACACUCAAAGAUCUAGCAGAGGUUUGUUUCUAACUAAAUAAAGCUUUGGGUAACAUUGCCAAAAAAUUAUUAACACGGAAUCCAUCUGGAAAUUGAUUAAUUUCAAUUUUCAGUUUGCAAAAACCUUGUACCAGAAUAAUUUAAACAAUAUCGCAUUCUUUUUUACAUUUUUCAAGGGAAAAAAGAAAGUCGGCGUUGUCUUGUGUUCACGUCCUCCACAAAACGAUAAAUUAGGCAUUUUCACGUUGUAGUGGUGCAGUGACGGCAAAGAAAUGUACAUAAAAGCGUGAUGCACGUGCCAAGUUGUUGUUUUGCUAAUUUAAACCUAUUGCUUUUUUGGCCGUUCUCGUUGACGUCGCCUUCGUCGUUGCUUAAGCUCCCUAAUAUAUAAAUGUGUUUGGCUUUGGAUUCAGGUUUUUCUUUAUUUACAGACCACAGUGGUAAAGAAAAAGAUGUAUUACAACAUGCGUGUAAAGACCCUACAAAGGAACAAAGCUGACUUACUUUUCCGACUUGAGACGGAGAAAGCUGUUCUUCAAGCAGAACCAAAGAACAGGAUUCAUAAGCUCUACUCAGCUGUUAAAGAUGUGAGUACUGGCCUCGCUGUAAGACUAAAAUCAUAAUGAUACCUCGUAGUCUCCAAGGUGUUGUCAGACGCUUGUAGAGACUGCCUUAUAUGCAGGGUGCGCCAAAACGUAUGUCCGAUUUUCCGGGACAGGUAGAAAUUUAGGUCGGACAUGUGAACCUUUGACAUAACUUGUCCGUGGGACAAGCACAUUUUUAAUAGAAAAAAAAAACAGAAACAUUUAAAAAUUGCAAUUGCACUAGAAUUAAGAUUGAUCUUAUAGUCAUAAAAGGAAACCUCAUACUUAGAAAAUAAGGUUAAAUAUUCUUUUUAACUUUCCCAUACUGCGGCUCCAUUUGGCUUGGGAACCUGGUAAAACUUUCUGGACAAGAACUCUUGGGUUUUGGACAACCAAAUUUAAUAUAGAGCUUGUCCAAGUGACAAGUGGAUAAGGAAAUUUUACUCUUACUCUGCCUUAUAUGGUCCCCAAAUUUUCGUACGAUUGUCAAGAUCGAGCACUUACCGUUACGGGCCGCCAUCUUGGUAUCAAAUGUACCGAGGCGGCAGGCUCCGUUUUUUUCACGUCGUAAUCGUGCAAAAACGGAGAAGAAAUGUGCCAAAAAAGUGUGAUGCAUGUGCAACGUUGUUGUUUUGCUUAUUAAACCUAUUGGUUUUUUUUUUUUGACGGUCUUGUUGCCGUCGCGUCCUCGGAUCUUACAGUCCCUAUUGUCUCAUCUUUAUCGAGUUGCGAGCCAGUGUGACCCAGCUAAGUUGGCCACCCUUCUGGCCGAGCCAACUUUCUGUUUCUCAUGUAAACGGUGCACCGCGCUUUGUAAGGAAAUGUAUGAAAUGUUAGCUCGCCCGCCCAGGGUAGCUCAGGUAGGUGGCUGACCCGUCUACCCGAGACAACGUUUGUCCGAGGUGAGGAUAAAAGCCACGAUAUUUGAAAACAGCACGAAUUCACUUAAGUGACGCUUUUACGGCCAUCGCUGGUGUGCUUGUUGAAGCUCCCUCACGGAAGGUUUGACUGUAUUCUUAUAUUUCCUCGUAGAUUGAAAGAGAAGUAGAAGAACUUACGGACGGGACGUCCACGUCUUUUAAAGAAAACAAAAAUCCCAUCAGCCCUGCUACAGGUGAUGAAGAGAAAAAGGAAAACAUUCAGGAAGACGCAGCGAAUAUCGUAGCUGAUACAGUGGUGUAUUCACAAAGAUUACAACAGAAGAAGGAGGCUCUUUUGAAAAGAAUUGCUAAGCUACAGAAACAGUGCGAAGAGUAAGUAGUGCCAUGUUGCCAUUUUAGAAGGUUUUUCUCCAGUUACGCUAAGCAAUCUUUCUUUUAAAUUGCCCUGCAUUAUUGUUGCUCCUUUUACGAGACAUGUUGCAUGGAACCUCGCGUAGGCCUUGUUUAUAUGCCCUGGGAAAGAGGGUCACCCUCACCUAGUCAACUUUAGCGAGCGUUUAUACGAGAAACAAGUAGACCGUUCUUCCCAAUUAAAGUCCCAAGUCAACAGCACUCGCGCAUGCUCUGAUUGUUUAAAACAGCGUCAGUGCAUCCUCUGAUUGUCUUCACCGAGUUGAACCUGCUGGGCGAGUUAAAGUGUUUUUUUGGAGAAAAAUUGGUCCGACUAGGAGAGUAACCCUGCAGUCGAAAAGGUUUAACUCAGCUAAGCCGGGUCACCUAUCUAGCCGAGCCAACGUUAUGUUUCUCUUGUACACGGUUCGCCAAUUUUUGUAAGGAAAUGGAUGAAAAGUUGGUUGGCCCAGGCUAGCUCAAGUAGGCGGAUGACCCCUCCACCUAGGAAACUUUUCUCUUUAUAUUCGGAGCCUUAGUAUAACAACUCGGUCAUUGAUUUUUUUUUAAGCAACCAGUUCCUAUUGAUGUUUAUUGGCAAAUUCUGUUUUAAGGAUUGACCAGUGCCAUCAAGAGAGCUGUGAUCAAGUGAACAGUGUGUCAGAGAUGACAGUCCAGCGACUUCUGUUAGAGUUGGAGACCGGUGGAAAUGUGCGCUUUGAGGAUGGUAAACCAUCAGAUCCCUGGUACAAAUCAUGCCAUGACCUUGUUUUGUCAAGAUUCUGUGUUGGAGACUACCAGGUAUAUUCAUUUUCUUUUAGACUGGAGUCAGCCUUAUCAGGGAGCUUGAGCGACGACGACGGCAAUGAAAACUGCAAAAAAGAAAUAGGUUUAAUAAGGAAAACAACAACUUACACUUUCUGUUGUUGCAGGACUUCGUCUUGAAACGUCCUAAUGUCGCGUGUUGUGAAAGUCCGUCAAGUUUCAAAAAGGACACGAUGAGUGGAAAUUCUGGGGGCAUUUAUUUCUCUGGAUUUUUACACUGUUAGAAAAAGAAAUUAUUCACUGGAAACAACAACUUGUAGUUGAUUGCCUUAGACACUCCAGAUCCUGCAAGUGAAAAUAGGAAAUCCGUCUCUAAUGAAAAACAUGAGAAUCAAUAACGAAGACCAUUCAUGGCAGUAGUUAAAGGUGACUGGUCAAUCAUCAUUAAACAUAGACCCGCACUUGACCUGAAAAAGCUGAUUGGCUACUGGUCCUAGGGUCACAAUUUACUACCGAUUGACUGUAAAAAGAAGCUUUAGGAAUUGUGAAAGGGUCAGGUCAAACUCCAUUGUUUCACCCAAUUUGGGGGAGAGGUGACUCGCAUGCUAUUGAGCACUGCAUGUUCUCUUACUUCGCGCUUCAACACGAUUGUAGUAAUAGUUGGCGUGGCUUGUUCAGUUUCAUACCAGAAGUGUAACAUUUUUUUUGCUCAAUGUCUUUUUUAAAACUUCUUUCACAGGGUGCAGGAAUUUCUGGAAUUAAAAUUCAUCGAAUCACAAGGGUACACAACAGAAUCUUACGAACACGAUUUGAUGAUAAACUGGACAAGAUUCUAGACAAAGACGAUAUUACUGAACUAACCAAGUAUGAACACUUUGAUAUACUGUAAUAAAUAUCUCAGUUAUAUAAAGAUUAUACACUUGAACAUCCAUGUGCGACCACCUCCUAUAAGCGACCACCUAUCCAAAGACAAAAAUUUUCCCAGUCAAAAUCCUAUGAUUACAACCUCUGGUAAACGACGGCCUCUCAUACUGGCACUGAGACCAAUUUUUAGCCUGACAGUUUAAUAGUUUUCGCGUUGUUUUUAACCUCUUGUAAGCGACCACCUGAACUAAUUACCAAGGCUCCUUCAGGUUCAGGGGAGCCAAGAUCUGGAACAUUCACGCUUCGUCUAGCCCUGAGGAGCGAGCAUGAUUUAAUUACCGAUAAGUUUUGGUUUGGCCUAGAAAGGCACUUUAGAUCCAAGCCAAAUUGAGCCUCCAAUACUUUCGCUAUACUUAGUUGUUCCAAUUUUUUUUAUCUGUUAUUGGUUUUUGUGUUUUUUUUUUCUUUUCAUCAGGGCCCCAUUCAAACCAGCCUCGCUGAACUGGUCACCCCUGAAUAAAUAUUGUUCAAAAUAAGAAUAAAUAAAUUUAGACAUUUAAAAACUAAAAUACAUUUGUGAGCUUUAAAUAAAGUUUUCAUUCAUUCUUACCCCAAAAAGAGACCUAGCCAGUCCCUACUAUACUACUUUGUGAAAUUCAUAUUUUAGUGUAUCAACAUUACCAUAUCCGAAGUCAAAUUUUGUGUCGUGUAGUGUAUUUGAGAUGGAAGUAGUUAAAGUCGUUUCAAGCUGGACUAAUUCCUGUUUUGUUCCAGGGGAAGAUCGUACAAGAGAUUUUUAGAAUAUCUAUUCUUUAUGUGGGAUCCAUCUUUACUUGACGGGAACGGAGAACCCAUCAGAGUCUUGGAGAAAGGCUUCCGUCCUGCAUCUGUUUACGAGGUGCGUAAAUUUGUGUGUUUAUAUACGUGACUGCAUUAAACCAUGAAAACUGCCACUCUCCUCUCCAGGAUAAUUGACCGAACAAGAGAGAAAAAUCCUUAUGCUCCUCCGUUCAAUAUUCAGGAAAGGGAACAAAUUUCAUUUUGUGAAAAUGCUGAAGACAAAUUACUUUAGUAGCAUGCUAGACACUGCGAAAGAGGCUUCAUUCGAAUGGUCACACUAAAGGAUUUCAACCGCAGACUCAAAAGUUAGAACUACAUAGUAAAUAUCAGAGCCAUAAUGGGUCCCAUUAUGGCUCCUGUAAAUAUAUAGUACCACGUAAACGUACUGCUGAAGAGGUUUCAUUUUAAUUAUAACACCCUAGGAUCUCAUCCACAGACUCAAAAGUUAAAACUAAAUACUAAGUAAAUAGUGCUAUGUGAAAGUACUGCUGAAGAGGUUUCAUUUGAAUGGUAACACCAUAGGAUUUCUUCCACAGACUUAAAAGUUAAAACUACAUACUAAAUAAAUAGUACCAUGUGAAAGUACUCCUGAAGAGGUUUCACUUGAAUGGUCACACCAUAUGAUUUCAUCCGUAAAAUCGAACGUUAGAACUACAUACUAAAAAAAUAGUACCAUGUGAAAGAACUGCUGAAGAGGUUUCAUUUAAAUGGUUACACCAUUGGAUAACAAUCAUCCACAAACUCAAAAUUUAGAACUGCGUACUAAAUAAAUAGUACAUUGUGAAAGUACUGCUGAAGAGGUUUCAUUUGAACGGUCACACAAUAAGAUUUCAUCCACAGACUCAAAAGUUGAAAUUAUGAAUGGCCUGUAAUUGGCUCUGGGAUUGUAAAGCGCUCUGUACAUUAAUUCUGUGUUGAUUCUUUGUGUUCUGAAGGAAUUGAAUGAAGAUGGUGGUGUACCUCUCGCGAACAGCGUCAGUGUCUGUGACACACCCAGAGUGGAUUACCUCAGGACAAAAGCCAAACAGAGAGAGAGUACCGAUCAAUGCCCGUUUAGGCAUGGUGAGUGUUCUACAGUGGCCAGGAAGUCAAAUAAAACAGUCUAAAGCGAUACAAAUCAAUAGGCUUUCUCCAAGCACUUGUCUUAUGUACGUUAUUUUAAUGCAAGCAUUAGUAAUUGAUGAUGAAAAACCUGAUUCGCCAAUUGAAGAAUGGGUACCUCAGAUAUCCAGGAGCUUCUCCUAUUGGCAGAUUAUUGGCAGCCAACUCAAUCAACCAGGUGGAGUCUGCAUGGCUGGUAUAUCUUGGCAACCCGACCUUAAACCUCAGGGAGGGGGUAACAGUCGUUAACUGACGCCAGCUUGCAGUCGCUGACCACCCGUGGAGACAGCUCAAUUUGAGAAUUGUUUGAGAGCACUUGAUGUUUUGAUGCAUAGACAAAACUUGAUUCCGCUGACCGCGAUAGGGCAGCUUGGGCGCUCUUAGCUGUCAACCCCGUUAGGUGUCAUUAACCGACUCUAUUUUUUAAGGGUUUGCAGGAUUCUUCGGUCUACAGAUUGCCGUGAUAACGCAAUUGUCCUACUUUUCGGGGAGCCACGAAGCCUUUUGAAACAGUAAAUUAAUGACCCAAAUAAUGUCCCUAUAGCCCUAAAAAAUAGUUGGUGUUUGUAAAGUUCAGUCAAUGGGUUCUUUAGAGCUUCGUGGUUCCAGUACUUUCAAGUCCAACAAAAUAAUUAUUUACCCUGUGUUACGUUUAGGUCAACUGAUCGUCGCCAAAGUGUUUGUUGGAAAUGUGGUACCUGUUAAGAAUGAAAAUAAGUAAGUGAAACAUGACCUUUUUGUCUUCAGUUAUAGUCAAGCUUUUGUAUAUUUUGUUAUCAUUUUUCGAGCAUUUUAGUGAGGUAAGGGCAUUAAGCUAUGUAUUAUUCCAGUAUUUUUGCGAAAUUUUCCCGGAAUUUUUUUUUGUGUUUUCAGAGAAGAUGAAAAUUGUACAAAAAACUUUAGGAGAAAAUGAAUACUUGCAGUCGACAGGCGAAAGAAAAAAAUUCACAUGUCAUACAGCCGACUAAGGGGUUAUCUUUUGCUGUACAAAAACCAUUAACUUGUUUAUGUUGUUGUUAUAACAUUAAUAAGUUUUUGAAAAGAAACGAAAAAAGCCACUUUAUGAUGGAUGUGAUCGAGCAUGUUAGUGACUUUUGUGGGAGAGAGUCAGACCAAGCAUUUUAUUGGGAAAAAACGGAGCAUAAAGGUGGAGCAUGUUAUUUGGAAAACAAAAGCGUAAUGCACAAAAGUCCAGUUAUAGUAGCUACAAUUAGUUUGUAGAUACCUGGUGGAACCCAGAACACUUCGCCACUUGCAGAUCUCCUAUAAUGCACCUUAUUUGCCCCCCAACAUUUUGCAUAAGCAUUGCUUUCAGUUUCUCUUGGGGCGGCUGUAAUACCUAGGAGAAAUGAAAAACAAAGGUUAUGCAAAAUGUUGGGGGCAAAUAAGAUGCAUUAUCGGAGAUGUGCAAGUGGCAAAUAAGACGGAAAUAUUUGGCCAAGAAAGUACGCUGGGGUGGGAGUUACAAGACCUCUCUUCUUUCGUUUUGGGUGAAAACUAUCUCUGCAUCCUUUACGAAAAUAUUCAAGAAGCUUUUUUCUCAUGUUCUGGAAACUCUCGAAUUCUGGAUUAUACAGUCAAUUCUCUCUCCACACUAUUUGUCCGUUCGGCUUGAUAGGUGUAAACUAACAACGUUGAUUUUUCCUUCUUUAAUAGAAUUACAAAGGCGUCUUAUCGAGGUGCAGACUCCGUUUAUCGAAGUAGGGUACACGAGAACUGCCCGACAAAGCCUGGGUCGGGUUUGAAAAGAUCAGUCAGGGACACGAAUUGCGAGUGCAGUACGCAGCAGUGCGCGUGGUACGUGUUUGAUAACGAGAUGGUGCUGCCUGAAUACGUUGUGGACUUUGAAUAUACAACAAAGGUAACUAGAUCGAUUUUACCCCAUAUUCCUGGCUGGUUGGACUGCACUGAAAAUUAGUAGGAUAUGUAUGGGAAAAACAGCUCUUGCCACCCAGUUACGGUUAAGAAAAAUCAUAAGGUUCUUUUCAGUCUGUUCUUAAAUCCCAGUUACGGUUAAAAUUUUUUUUUUUCAUAACAACAAUCCUUAUAAAUUUCGAAAACUUUCAAUCUGUUCUUAAAUUUUCUUUUCCUUAAAUUUCGAAAUUUUCAACCUUUGCACAGAGGUGCUCAAACUUAUGAAAGACAAUUUUUUCAUAACAGAAAAUCCUUGUAAAUUUCGAAAUUGUCAUGCUGUUUUGAAAUCUUUCCUUUAACAAGCAUUACUAGGCUGAAAUUUUCUUUUGUUCGUAACAGACAACCCUUGUAAAUUUCGAAAUUUUCAACCUGUUGUAAAAUCUUUCCUUUCUCAUUACGGGGCUCAAAUUUAUAAAAGACAAUUUUCGGCGACCGUUGUAACGGCUACUUUUGAAAUACAUUGCUGAAAAUUUACAGGAUAUCGAAUUUUGUAUGCUCUUUCAGUUCCUGCUAAAAUCAUUCUUCCAAAGAGAGUUGUCUUCGUGUUUACUGAAAGUUGAUCAUAAGUGACCACCUAUUGCAAAAGGCCUGUUGUCUUAUUCCACGCACAUGUAGGUAAACUUUCCUAUUUGCAGGUGAAGCCCAAGUCGUCAUUUAUUUACUAUUACGGAGAACAUGUGGACAACGCUACUCACAAACCAAGCAAUGACGAAGAAAAAUAUGACAUUCCCGACGGAGAUGUCUUAAAUCUGGAGCCCAACAUCCCUAUAAGACCAAGGUAAAAGUUGAGAAAAAUUGCUGUCAGAACAUACUGGCCCAAUGCGAAUAAUGACCGGCAGUAUCAUACGAGGGGAUGGAUGAUAACAAGUGAUUAUAAGCAGCUGUCGUAUGCACUCGUAAACUGCUCUCAAUAAAGUCACGAUGCGUUGUGUUUGCUCUCUCGUUCAGCCUGUAACCCCCCCAUUUUUUUUUAAUCUUGCUAAUACAAUUCCUCACUCUAAAAUAACACAUUCUCUGUCUCGCUCUCUCUCUCUCUCUCUCUCCCUCUCACCACCUUCCCACGUGGUCAAGUCUAAAUAAAUUAUGGUUUGCGCUUACGCAAAGUCCUACCCACAAGGGAGGGGAAGGUUAACCUCUCGCACACAGCGGUUUCUGAAAUUCACACUUCUUUUAUCAGUGACUUCUGCUUCCCGCCACUUUUUUAUUCGUCCCUCACUUUCCCAAUCCGAACGUUUUCACAAUAGUGCUCUUUUUUUGCCGUCUUUUGCGAUACCUUUAUGGGUAAAAACAAGCGUUAGCUUUCCGUCCUGAACACCCUUAAUGAGACCGAAUCUGCAAUUUCUCCACCUAAGAGAGACGACGGGCAUCCCUACCUUUUUCUUCCUCCCCCAGUCUUACUCGCCGCCCUAACAGGCCCAGGGGACCGUUUCUCGAAAGUCCCAGUAGCUUUUCGGGCCCGAAAUCAAAUAUUGAAAUCGAAAUAUAAAGAAUAAAGGCGUGGGUCCUGGUUAGCAAGCUACUUCAUUUUGUUUUAUUAACUGAUAGUUUUUCAUGUUAGAUGCAAAGCUAUUGAAACCUCGAUCUUUAAUGUAAACGGCAACAGCUUACCGCGCCCGUUAAUUAUCGGGACUUUCGAGAAACGGGCCCCAGGGGUUGUUCCGUACUAUUUUUAUGGAUCAAUUUACGUUUCUGGGAAACUACCCACCUACCCCUCCCCUAACCCAACAUUUUGCCUUGAGUGAGAAGUAAGUGUUAAUGUUGACUUAGGGGAGGGGUAGGUGAGCAGUUUCCCAGAAACCUAAAUUCAUCCAUUUUUACUUCCCAUGUAAGUUAAGAGUGUAAAAUGACAGAAAGCUCAACAUAGAAUUCUCCAGGUGCAAAAAGUGUCAGGGUUGUUGGAAAAAUAGAGUUUUUGAUGAUUGACCGAUGUUUUUUCUACUUUUUUUCAGGUUAAUUGCUUUGACGGAAGAAUUGUUACUAAAGAGAUGUAAAGUGGCGUCUCUUGAGCAUAUUGUCGUAAGUUAACCACGAGACCGAACAAACCCCAAAUUUCCGGAAAAUUCCACUUGAUAUUUCAGAAAGUACUUAAAACAUACUGCAUCCCUGGAGUUAUUACACAAAGCUCUAGAUUGUAAAACCGUAUUCCUUUUCCUGCUGGAGGGGACAACUCAAGAAAGUUUUGUACAGGGGGCUUUGCAUCGAGGAUCAACCCCUAACCGGUUCACAAGCCUUUACGUGCCAAAUUUCAAUAAUUACUAUUUUUCUUUCUUCUAAGAAAAAUUCUAACUCUUUGUUAUGUGCCAAGGUAAUAUGAUGAUAGACAAAUAAUUAUCUCCAACAGUCUUGGUACAACGGGUCUAUAGCGGACUGUUCACAGUACCUGAUUUUCCCUACGAUCGUCGAUAUUAAGCGCUUACUGUGGCUGGUGGCCAUCUUGUCAUCUUAGUUUCAAAUGUCUCGAUUGUAACCCCAUUGAAGAGUAUCAAAUCUACCUAGGGAGGGAGGCUAUAAACCCCAACGCCCGCCCUCUCGGUACAUUUGAAAACCCCAGUGAAGAGUAUCAAAUCUACCUAGGGAGGGAGGCUGUAAACCCCACCGCCCACCCCCUCGGUACAUUUGAAACCAAGACAUCUGUAAGAUGCAGCAAGCGCUCCAUCUGAACGAUCUUACGGAAACGUUUGGUAGUGUAAGUAGUCUAUUGGGACCAUGACCGUGGCAGCAACAGAAUUAUUUGCGCCGCAAUUUUUUUUUCUGGAAAUUACUGUUCAUUAGUAUUACUGCACUCAAUGUUUCGAUGAAAUACGUCGUACUUUCUGGCUGCAACGCCUUGUUUGCCUUCAGACCACUGGACAUAUCAUUGUUAUAAGUCUCUCUUGUAUGGGAUACUAUCCUGUACCAUCCCUACUUAGAUCACAACGAAAACUCAUGAAUAGAUGUCAGUGAAGUAGAAAUUGUAUUCGGAUCUUUGGUUAUUACAGUUUGUUUGUUUAUUAGCCUGCUAGCAAGCCCUCCAUUUAUGGGGAGGGAAGCGAGUCGCGCGAGAACGCGCGAGCGAGCGGCGAAACCGCGAGGGUCGCGGGCCUUCUCGUGUGACUUCUCGCGAUUCCCCCAAAUGGAGAGCUUGCUCGCAGGCUAUUUGUUUAUGAGUUCUGAAUGCUUUUCCUUUCAGGUUUUGAAUCUUCACGGAAACGGACUGAGUCGACUGCAGCACUUGACUUGUAUGACAGCACUGAAGAAACUGACAGUCAGCUUCAAUGAACUGACGCGACUGGAUGAUAUAAGUUACAUGGUAAUGUCAGAUGAUUUAACUUAACCACUAAGCACUCAAAUCAACUUGUAAUUGCUUCCUUGGUUUCUGUCAGAUGUUGUUGUUUGAGAGAAUGUUGAGUUUGUUUUUCCUUUUUUGAUAGCUUUUCUUGGAAUACCUCGACGCCAGCUUCAAUAAAAUCACAACCUUGGAUGGUCUGAAGGUUUGUCAAAUUUCAUUCAUCUAGUACUGCUAAAAUCGUCGAUAGAAUAGAUCCGCCUUCUUCAAAACAACCUGCUCAAAAAACGCUCCAGUAAAUCGAGUAUUACUGGUUUGCUUUAGACGAUAUCAAUUUCCAAAAUUAAGAAUAACAGAAUCCAUUCUCAUAAGUUUUUAGGCCUGUCAGAUGUUUAAUUAGAUCUCCGUUGUGCUUCUAUUUUGCAAAUUUUUUUAAUUCCCGAACUUUUGCAUGAGACUAGAUUAAAAUGGGUACCUGAGAGAUUUCAGGAGGGUAAAACAUUAGUUAUGUUUGAAGUUUUUACUAGAUGACAAGCCUUGUAUUAGAAAAACUAAUACAAGGAUCUUGAGCUGUUACUUUAUUGCAUUUUUAAUGUUUAUUGUUGAUGGUUAAUAGUAAAAACCCGCAAUUAAUCCAAGAAUAAUACAGUUGAACCUCUCCACAAUAGCUACCUUGGGAACAGAAGAAAGUGGCCGUUGCAGAGAGGUUUUAAUGAGGGUCAAUGUAUGGAUAGCCUGCGAACAGCAGACGUAUUUCCGGUCGUAGAAGCGACGACCGGAAAUACGUCUGCUGUUCGUAGGCUAAUGUAUGGACUGUCCGCCAAAAAAAGUGGCCGUUAGUGGAGGUUCAACUGUAAAGUUGUGCCAUAUUUCCUUCACAGGGUUGCAAUAGGUUAAAAUAUUUAGACGUGAGCUGGAACCAACUGAGUCACACCCGAGAGCAACUGGGCAUCACGAGGAAACAUGUGAUCACACUCACUCAUCUGGACACGCGUAACAACCCCUGGCAAAAGGUGAAUAUACUCGUUACAUACCCGCAAAUAGAUCACAGCACUAUACCGUAUGAUAUGUCAAGGCUAUAUACUGGAAUCUUUUGUGAAAACGGCAAUGGGCGCGACCCUUGAAGAGUUAAGUGAGGUCUCCAUUUUCUUAUCCAGGGUCUCAGACGUAAUUUGACCCCUGUUUAUAGCAACGUCUGUGAAGCAGCACCGAUAGGGAACUUAAGCACCAGACGUUCUUGAUUCACGGACGGCAUGGCUGGCGGCGCAGAACUGGAUCGGGCACGCUGUUUACGUGCCAAAUGCAAAUCGUUAAGCAAACCAACGUGAAACCAUCACGAACGCUGACAGAAUAAUUCAUUUCUUUCAAAUAUUUGCGUGAAGUUUUGUUUCUUUCUUACGAAGAAAACAUGAUUUCGGACGAAGGAUUCUUCUUUUGAAUGACGAAUACUCUUCGAAGAACCCAGAAUUUGAACUUCUGCUUUCAACCUGAGAACUCGCGUUUUGAAGUCUGUGGCCACAACUCAAGAACGUCUUGACAAGCGCGGCGUCUGUCAUGCUGCAAAAAUACUUCCGGUUGGCGUCCGUGGUACCAAGAACAUCUGGUGCUUAAGUUCCCUGAUAUCUUUGUUCUGGGCCCCAAACAGACUUAACGAAUUACCGGAAAUGUGUUUGAAAUUUCCGUCGAACCUGAUUGGCAAAUCGACAAUGGCUUUUUUAACAGUCCAAUCACCGCGCGUACCUUGGCCCAGAACUAAGGCCUUUUAACAGUCUUUUAACAGUUUACUACCAGAAUUCUUCAGGGAUUGGCUUUCUUGUGCAAUGUAGGGCUUUUGUAGUAAUAGAAGUCAGUGGUGAAUUGACCACAAAGCGCAAGUACCUUUUGUUUCUGCACGUAGAUAGGGUUUACCUCUUCAUCUCCUUUUCAGUUGUGAAUAAACAGUUAUUAUUAUUAUUAUUUAUUAUUAUUAUUAUUAUUAUUAUUAUUAUUAUUAUUAUUAUUAUUAUUAUUAAACCUCUGACAAUACUGUUCUAGAAAACCUAAAUGGUUUGGGACAUUCCUCAAAGUCAGGCCGCAUUAUACAUUCAAUUAUCUCUACAGUCAAUUUUCUCUAAAGCUUUUGGACUGGCUGGCGCAAUUAUGUCGGUUUUGGGUGGUUUCGAUCUUCUUUUUAAGUCAAGGGAGAGUUCAUUUUGCCAGAAUUGUUACUUUAAUUCGAUAAAGUCGUUCACUUUCAUUGUGAGUCAUCUUUUAUGUUUCAGCCUGAAACUUUGCGUAUGCGAGCUCUUGGAAGGUUGAAAAACUUGGAGUGUCUUGAUGGUGUGAACGUCACGGACGAAGAGAUGACGACAGCAUUAAAGAUGGCGGCUGCUUCCCGCCCCUCCUCGUUUUCAAUCCUCGCGCACGCUCGCACAGACCAGAGUAAACCACGGACUUUGAGCUUGGUACCGACUGCACAAGCCAUCUUAGGAAACAGCCAGAAUAAACCCGUCAAGUUGAUGGACGAUGAUAGCCAGUGGUUUCAAAAAGUAACGUCAUAACGUUUUAUGUUUUUAUGUUACCAAUAUGCUGUCCACUGUUGUCGUUUUCACGGUCACCGUCCAUUCAUUGCUUUGACGGGUAUGCACAACUGUGAGUAACCUGCAUCACAGACGUUAUUUAACUCCUGUUAGUAAUGUCUGCGAACCAGCGCCAAGAUCCUUGUACUGGGUUUCCUACGGACUCAAUGAAUUACCGGAAGUGCGUUUUCGGAUUUCCUUUCGUCCUGACUGGCAAAUGGACAAUGGCUUCUCCUCGCCAAAGUGACGCUGGCUCACUCGUGAGCCCUACUUGGUUUUAAGAAAAUCUCGUGGUCGUCCUCGUCUUAAAAACUAAAGCUCUCUAUUGUGUUACUAUUAGGUGCAUUGUUUGGGUCCUUUACCUAUUGUUUCAUCAAACCAAUAACAGCCGUGGAUGUAAAUAGUAAAGGCUCGCCUGAAAAUCUCUACUAAGGAGCGGGAAAGUUGACAAGAAAUACGUGUUUUAAACUAUUGCGAGAUGUAAAACUGGAUGGAAUUGAACAAUGAGCUGUUAUCUUAAUACAUGUAAACAAUCUCCUAGACUUAAUUCCAGCAAACUUAUCCCUUUUUUAUUAGGUCACAACAGUCAAUCUUGAUAACCAACAUCUCGGCAAGUUAGCGAAUAUGGAACAACUGGAGAAUCUGCGGUGGGCUUCUUUUAACAACAACGAUCUCACCAAGAUAGAGGUAUAAAACGUCUAAAAGUGAACAUAAAGAGCACGAAUGUCUUCUUGUAUUGCCAAUCUUAGGCAAUUCCGGCUGACAUAUUAGGGACUUAAGAUGUCGUGAGGGCAGAGAGAAUGUCGAAAAAGCAAAACCACAACUCUGCUCGCGCAGCACACUUUGGAAUGUUCACGCUCGCACGAACAUGACAUGAAAUUACUGAAUUUCACGCCUUAUGGAGAACAUAAAAAACGUGAACAAAUGUCUUCCCCUAUUUUAAACUUGGAUACUUUUCAUAAGAAUUUAACUCCAGGAGAGCUCUCCUGCAUUUGACAAAUUGAGCGAGUUGUAACAAUCGCGCUGAAGUUUCAAUGAACACGAAGCCCCUUUUUUAGUGAGCUUUUCGCACCCGUCGCGGUCGUGUGACGUGGUAUCUUAAACUCCCUUCUAUCUUCAAUAAUACCAGCCUUUUCAGGUCCAAACUCCGUCAACCAAAGACCUUUUAUCGCUCAGUCCUCCAUAUUGAAGGGAACGCUAUAUUCGUGGACUCGUCUUGUAAAGAGCUUUGUUCUUUUUGUUUUCAGGGUCUCGAAUCUUGCAUUCAUCUUGAGGAGCUUUCAGUUGAAAACAACUGCAUCAGCAAAUUUGAAGGUAAUUUUAAAGACAGAUUGCAUGAGCCAUGUCCAUACCAAGCGGUUACCAACUGCUACUCCUUCAAUUUCCCGCGCUUUUUUGCGUUAUACUUAUUAUGGCGGGUCAUAUUACGUGGUCAAACUAUCUUACAGCAUUCUAUUCUAAAAUAUUAGAGCGGUUCUCACUUGACUGUCGAAAGUAACUGAGGAAUUGGUUUGGUUUUGGUUUUACUACGCCCUUUGGUUGGCUAGUGUAUUUACUUUGGUUUUGGUUUUACGACAGUCAAGUGAAAACCGCUCUAUAACUAAAACUUCCUAAACUCUGUUUGACCAAUGCUUUUGCGCUGUCUUUUGAUUCAGGUCUUUCCAAACAAACAAAGUUAACCUGGCUAAGUCUAGCCGGUAACAAUCUUACGUCCCUCGACACCGGAGUCCUGGAAAAACUACCACAGUUGAGAUAUUUGUCUGUGGAAAACAACGCCAUCACCUACCUUCGUGGGCUCCAGGUAACGUUGUUCACGUUUCUAAGCCAAGAACCUAGGAGCUUUCUAUUUGUCCAAAAAAAAUGGUCGUGUUUUUUGUUCAGAAAACUGAGAGGGAAAUGUUUUCCAAGUUUUUUCAAUGUUUUGUACCCAGGCUCCUAAGCAAAUAUGGGAAGAGUACAGGCAGGCUGGCUCCUGGGUCAGGUUACCGCAAAGGGUCAUGGAAGGGGCAUGCGAAGGCAAGCGCAAAACGAGCGAGGAGCGACAGACACGCGCGACGCGGAAAGGCACGGUUUUUCUGCGCUUUCCCGCGAGUCGCGUGUCUCGUGCUCCACGCUCGCUUAGCGCUUGCCUUCGCUUGCCCGAAAAACGUGAAAAAAUAGCGCCAUUUAUGCAGGCUUGGUUUAUGGUUAACGUGGUACGAAAUUCUUGGAGAUUCUUGCGCCAAAUGAAUCUUCAGUGCCGACCUUACUGUUGUUCUUCUUAAAAGAGUCUACAGAAUUUGUUUUGAGAUUUUAAUCGCUGCUUCUUAUUUCAGAAUAAUCAAAAUCUUCAGGAACUUUACAUAGGCAACAACCAGCUGACCAACAUCCGGGAGAUAUUUAACCUAAAGGUAAAACAGAUUUAUCCCAAUUUAUGUCUUGCCGGAUUUUUGAAAACGUUAUCACCAAAUAAGUCGCUUCCGUCAAACCGGUUUUUUUUUGCGGCCAAAGUAACCAUUAUAAAAACUAAGAGUGCAACCAUUGCUUUUUGCUCUUCUCCUCCUUUCUUCUUCCUCGCUUUUUCUUUUUCUCUUUUUUUUUUCCUUCGCUGCUUCGAUUUUGGAGCUUAUCGAGCGCCAAAAACCCUGCCUUUUGGCCUUUUUCGCUCAAAUGGCGCAGAUUUCGUUACCUUCGUUGUCAAAAAUUCGGCUAAAUGUAUAAUUGUCUUUCAGUCAUCCCUGUAAAAAUGUAUCAGUCAGUUAUCCUCAGAAUUAAUACUUUAUUUGUAUUUUUUACCUAGACCAUACCUAAUCUUCUCAUCCUUGACCUCUGUGGUAAUCCUAUGGCUUCCGCUGGUCAAAAUUACCGCUUGUUUGUUGUUUACCACUUGACGUCAUUGAAGGCUUUGGACGGACUGGCUGUGGUAAGGUUGUUUACAUUUUUUGCCUCAUUAACAUAAGCUUAUCAUUAUCUGAUGAAGCUAAUAAAAUAAAAUCUCUGAAUAUUGAAAAAGUAGAACAAUUUCAGUCAUCUCUGAAAUUUUGAGCCCGAUUUCUUCAAUAGUUUCUGAGAAAUCCUCUUUGAAAAACCCUAAACUUUACAAAGGAUCCUGAAUGAAUGAGCUCAUUAACGUUUUUGCUACCCAGCAAUUUCGCAGUCUUUUGAUUGUCUAUAUUUCCUUUGUUAUUGAUUGCAACUGGGGAGCUAAAACUUGCACAAACUGCUCGAAUUAACCAACUCUUGCAACUUUUGAACCUAAUGUGUAUAUACACGGCGACCGCUCCUAUGGGUUAACUCGUAUGCUAAUGACAAGACUCUAUAAACAAUGACGUCAGGAAGGAUUCGCCUAUAUGUUACAAAAGCUUCCUUAGUUUGAUUGGCUACAUUGCUGCUGUUAUUGUUUACACGUCAUGGGAGAACAUAAUCUUUUCAUCAAUCUGUUUUUCCACGACCUUUUUUUCCUUCUAUGCAUCUCAGUGUCUUUAUUAUUCUGUGUUUGAAGGAAACAUCAGAAGGCAGCCUUGCCAAGGAUACAUUUGGAGGAAGGUUUGUGACAUUUCAGACAGGUGACUCAGUUUAUAUUGAUCCCAAUGAGAAGACUCCUGAUUCAAGCAUAUAUUUCGUCUUUCUACAGGCUUACUCCAGAUUUCAUCGCCGAGCGCCUGGGUCAUGCAAACUUCUCAGAGCUAAGAGAACUUGAUUUACCUCACUGUAGCCUAAGAACUGUAGAUCUGGGAACCAAAGAUGUGUUCAUUAAUUUGAGAAGGUUAGUCUCUCCACGACACCCCUCUUCCUCCCCACCCCACCCCCUCCAGCACCUUAGUCUCUAGUGACCUAAGCCGACAGUCAAUCAUUGCGUCUGUGUCACUCAGGCAUUUCUUUCCCGAGUCGAGAAAACGAGGAAAGGCACUUCAUCAAUCUCGUUUCCAGACAUAUCUCCUCUUGCUCCAAAAGUGAAAAGACCUGGGAAGUAGAUUUCAUUGUCAUUGUCAUGUGCUUAGUUGAGCUCAGGUGCUUGGCAUUUUCUUCCUUUUGUGAACGAGCGAAAAGGCGCGUGCAAUAGUGAAAACUACUAACGUUCCUCGCCAGUAAAGUGAGAUAGCGGAAAGAAAGAAUUAACAGGUAACUAGUUACAGUGGAACCUCGAUAUAAAAAACCUAUAUAUAACGAAUUCCUCGGUAUAACGACCGAUUUUGUUUACCCCAGUAAUGCGAAAAUAUGUGGAAAAGUACCUCAAUAUAAUGCAACCUCGUUAUGGCGAACGUAUUUUGUCAGUCCCUUGGCACUUCGUUAUAACGAGGUUCCACUGAAACUUAGCUAGUGGUGCAGAACUUGCAAUAGUUUCAUUUACAGUUAACGUUACAUUCUUUUUCAGUGUAAACCUGGAGCAUAACUCGUUGACCUCUUUUGGCGGCCUUGUAAACCUCGUCAACCUGAAGGUAAAAGCUACCUGAUAUAUAUUUUUUGUUUCGUCAGUGUUUUAGAACAGUACCUCAUUUAGACGAAAAUGAGAAGAGACCAGUUUAAAGAAUGAAAAGGAAAAAUCUUAGACCCUACUAAAUGAUAUGGUUUUAUCUCUGUCCCUCUCAGGUCCUCUGUCUGAACCACAAUCAUGUCGAAAGCGGGAUUGCAAAGCCGAAGGCAACGUCACCAGCGAACGCAUCAAAACGAGGCACUGACUUUUCCGUAGCAUCAGAGAUAACCAACCCGGAGAAUUUUACUCCAGUUCUUCCUAAUCUUGAAGUUCUACACCUUGGGUAAUAAAUACUUAAUUUAUAGAUUCACUCAAGUCGAAAAGCGAAGCUCCAGUUAAUAAAUUCACAAUUUACCUUAAACAGUGUUACCAUCGCAAAGAAAUCCACUUAAAGUUGAGCCUGCGAUCAGGUGAAAAUUAGUAGCUUGUCAGCGGAUAACUUCAAAAAACACGUUAACUCGUAGGGUCGAUACCUGAGCCCGCGAUAUGGCCGUGUGAUACUAGUUGGCGGAUACCCUGUUUUGACGGCUGUCAAUUGACGACAACAUAGAUGUGCAAUAUCAGGUUGCAGGCUCCCACAUUAGCUAGAAAGUCUGAGAUUUUACAUUGGUUUCCGUGGGGUGCUGACGAACGGGUGGACGGAAGGACGGACGAUCACGUGACUACCAAAAUUUCUCGGAUGGAUAGAUUUUCCUAGCUAUAGAGCUCCACUAUUGAAUGUCCUUCCUCUAUCCGUAGCUUUCGAAUUGAAAGUAGAGGUUGUCUUUUAUAGUUUGACCAAGGUUUUAGCUAGUAGGGAUCUCCAGCCGUCCCAUGGACGGCUAUUUUUGGAAGAAAUACAAGGAAAACGCACUUAAUCUAUUAAAAUUUUAAGGGAAAACAUGCCCUCUGGACGGCCAGUUUUCAAUGUCUGAGUUAGACCCUUCACGUCCAAUUAAUUUUCGGUUGAAUUAAUCAAAGCCCAGUUUAUUUUAGUUAUUACGGACAUUCAGCAAAGAUUAGUCACUCGAAAAGCGCGCGUUUUCGACUUUGUAUUUGCGGUAAGUUACCCCAAGAUGUGAAAGGGGCGAACAAAUUGUACGCAAAUUCAUUGAAGAAAUGAGACAUCGACUCCGUGGAACGCCCUAUGUGUGGCUUUCGAUUAUACUUUCUGAGAUGAACUGAAAAAUACAGAUUGAAAUUUCUGCGGUUAUAUAUUCCUUCAGACUUGUACCCUUUUUUUCUUUUUACGACAGAUACAACGGCAUCACUGAUAUGGCCGCCUUGCAGCUCUCUCGUCUGACUAAUUUAAGAGCUCUUUUCUUACAAGGUAGGCUAAAAACUUUUAAAAGUUAAGUGAUCACCUUUUUUCCAUGUUAGGCCUUUCUUUUGUUCUAGUACUUCAUCUUUAAACACGUGUGGGAAUACUGUUGGGUUCUGGGAGCUUGCGGACAGUUCAUCCCAGAGUCUUUCACACACCGCCAUUUUAAAGCAGUGUUGAGAGGACCCUAGUUAUAAGUCACGUCACCGAUAAUUGUGCGGAUUUGAUGUGUACUUCUUUGGGAUGGACGCGUCGAACCUCAGAUCACAGGUCGGCUUUCACGUUCGAACUUUGGAUUCCGUACAGGAAUCGUGUUGUUUCCAUCCGAACCAAUUAGUCCAUCCGUUAUUCCAAUAUUUUUAGUUUCAUGUCGCGUUAUUCUUUUUGCUAGAUUCUUGUGCCUUUGAAUAGAAACUUUUUCCAUAUUCCCUGAAUCGUUGUUCUCUCUGUUUGUUCCUUUCCAGUAAGGCCCAAAGUCCAAUGUCCGAUUUGUCUUAGUCCACUCAAUAGCCAUUUGAAUAUGGUUUGUUUGGGGUGGUCCACCGAUUUGUCUUAGUCAACUCGGCAAUGGAUGGGGUUGGGGUAACUUAACCUAUUCGUAACUAACACUCGUCGAUGUUUCUUUCUUCUGUAACCGAGAUAAAUUCUGGCGGUGCGGGCCUUCUAAGUUCAAACUGUGCCUUUGCCUUUAUUUAUUUAACUUUUAUAUAAAGCGCAAAACUGACCGGGAGCUAAUUUCUCUACAAGUUGUAUUAUUGUUCUCUGUAGGAAAUGAUAUCGGCAAAAUAGAAGGAUUGGAGGGACUACUAGAACUCCGAGAACUUGUUCUCGAUCGAAAUAAAAUCAAGGUAAUAAUUUUCGAAAAUAGAACUUGAUUUAUCCUAUACUGUUAGCUUUAUGACCAAAAAAAAAAAGUAUUGUUUGAAAAGGUUCUAAAGAAAAAAAAAAAAUCUAUCAGGUUUUACCUUGAAUAUAGACUUUUAUUUUUAGAAGAGAGCCCUUAUGCGUUAGUGAGUAUUGCCUGAAGAAGUCAAAGACUUUUCACGUAAAAGACUAUUUUCUUGACGUGUGCAAGUUUUCGGGACAAACACUUCCGUAAUUGUUAUAGUGGAAAAUGUAAAGUUAUUUCAACAGUCAAGAUAUAUAUCUGCAUCAAUAGUUACGCGCGAUUGGAGCGCAGGUAUUGUACCUCGUGUUUCAUGUAUAAAGGAACGUUAGGUUAUACCGGAGAGUUUUUCGUGCCGUGUAAAAAGCAACGGCCUGGGGCGACACAAGUCGUUCACGCACAUUGAACAUCGUGGCGGCGCAGUUGGCCGAGAGGGCUUGGUGAACUCAAAUUCCAGUCCUCACUUCUAAAUAUUUACUUCCGUCUCAGUGAGUUCCAGUCCUCGCUCCUACUUAUUUUCUUCCGCGGUGGACUGAAUAUGUGUUCACAUUACACCAAAGUUUGGCACAAAACCUAUCCGAUAUGUGGCGCGCCACUUUCGAGAUUGGCGCGGCGCAGCUUCGCUCCGUCACAGAAAUCGCGCCGAAAGAACCAUUCUUACGUGUAAACAGAAGCCCUUUUCGGUAUGGCUUUUGUGUCGACACGAAUAGCUAUCUGACAUAGUAUGAACACCUAUCCGAUAUGUGACUCUUCUCUUUAGAGAUCGGCGGGACGCAGCUUCCCGCCGUUGCAGAAAUCGCGCCAAAAUCAUCGUUCAUAUGUGUCAACAGAAGCCCUAUCCGGUAAGGCUUUCGUGACGACAUGAAAAGCUAUCUGAUAUAGUGUGAACCUAUUCGAUACGUGACUCUCCACCUUAGAGAUCGGCGCGGCGCGACGCAGCUUCCCGCCGUUGCAGAAAUCGCGCCAAAAUCACGGUUCUUAUGUGAGAACAGAAGCCCUAUCCGGUAUGGCUUGUAUAGUAUGAACAUAGCGUUAAGGAAAGGUCCGCUCCCGAUGGGAAUGUACCUAUAGGGCCUGGUAUUUACUUAAAUUUGCCUAUGGUUCCCGCAGGGUAUCUCAAGCACGUCAUUUAUGAGUCAGUGGAAUGUCACCGAGUUACACAUGGAAGAAAACAGGAUACGGGAAUUAACUAACCUUGAGCCGCUUCAAAAUCUUCAGCGGUUGUAUCUGGGAAUGAACCGUAUUCAAGUAAGUUACCUUCAAAAUUUCCACUGUGUUUAUGGUGGUGUCGAGCAUACAUUGUCAAACAAAUAAGCCUUUCUUGAUGUCUCUCCUUCAAGUUGAGGCUUCUCAGAGCGUAAUUUUGCCCUCGUUAGGUCCAGGCUUUAUGUUUGUCUCUGCAAACCUUGAUCUUAUUUCCUUUUUUUUAAAAUUUUCUACCCUAGGACAUAGCUGAGCUGGAAAGGCUGGAAUGUUUGAGGCACCUUGUUGAACUGUCUGUUAUUAAUAAUGCGGUGAGUUUAAAAAAAAUUGUGUUUAUUAGUUUUUCCACCAUCAAAAUCCCCACUCUUGCAACACAAGAAACUCCCAGGCCUUCCGUCCACCCUGUUGUCGAACAAUCACCAAGAAAUUCUCAGUUCUUUCUUAAGGACCCAAGUUUUGUAAUUCACUUGACAACGAAGUCAUCAAUAAAUACUUAAGUAAGUAAAUAUGGAAACCGAUCGUAAAUCUUUUCGACCUUUGACUUAACGCCAUCUUUUUCUUCACUUGAUGUAAACAGCUAUUAGGAGGCCCAAUCACCUCCUAUAGCUUCUGUUAGGUCUCCUCGUCACCUCUUUUUUCUAUUUAUCUUGUGUUUUUUGUAAUUUACAUUAAUGUGUGGAUAAUAAAUGAAUAAAUAAAUACUAGCCUGCGUGCCAGGCGUUAAAUGGGAAAGAGGAAGGGGGAAUUGAGGCACGUGAGAGAACGAAGGGAGAGCGAGGAGCGUGCGAGGAGGCGGGAAGGAAACCGUCGCCCUCUCGCGUGCCCGAAUUCCUCCUUCCUCUUCUCCUUUUAACGCCUGUCACGCAGGGUAAAUCCCUACUUAAGGAUCGUACCCAUGGACUGACAGGUGAAUUGCAAAUAGCAGAGUAGAAUUCGUAUAAUUUCAACCAUAAGAGUAUAAGUGCAUACCAGUUGUAAAUGAAUAACUGCAAGGGACCGCAAGUGAAUAUGCUGCAGAAGUAAGAUGUAAAGAAGAGCUGAUCAGCAAAAAUAUACAAGCUUUGCAGAUUUCAAUGCGUCUAUCAGUUUUAGUUUUGAGAGCGUUAAGUUGUUGCGAAAAUGUUAAGAAAGAAACUGUUUUUCUUUGUUCGAUUUUUGGAAGCUCAAGUUAUACGGAGACCCAAGUUAUCAAAGGUUCGAGUCGAAGUCACGGUGGUCAACGGUUCAGUUUGUUGUGGGACUGAGUUAUACAUGUGUGAGACAAACGUAUCGGCAAUUGACAUACGUAAACCAAUCUACGGUCUGGCCAGUACAUACAUACAUACAUGUGUGUAAGUUAUCGUAAUAGCGGUCAUUCAACUUCUUAUUUCAGCUGUAAAAGUAAGUUAUUUCGUGACAUCAGCUUGUUAGCUUGUUACUGUGCCUCCUUAGACAACAUCUUGUUCUGUUCCUGUUUAGUUACAUUUCCCAUAUAUUCCUUAGGUUACCCGUCGUCUUCUUCACCGGCCGCUACUAGUAUACCGCAUGCCCAAUCUUCUGUGCAUUGAUGGGAUUCCUGUGUCAGGUGACGAGAAAGCCAAAGCUGAAAUGUACUUCAUCGAGCAGCAGGUUAAUAACAAUAGUAGGAAGUUUAUUGUACAUUCCCCCUGCGGGGCUUUUCAGUGAUACAAGACAAAGCUGUAUAUAAUUCAUUAUCAAGUAUAUAUAAAAAUAACCCUUAAAAAGGAAAAAAUAAUAAAUUACCUAAGUUCCCGUCUAAAAUUCUUAUGAUACAAUAAAAGGUUAAAACCUUACGAAACGCUCGCGGGAUCAAGAAAUUUAUGUAACAAUAUUUGCCUCAUUUUCUGUUUAAAAUCCCUAUAAUUCGUACUUAAUUUGAGGUCUUUAUCUAGGCUCUUCCGCUAACAGGUUACAAUUCCUGUUUAAUAUUUGUUUGCCCCACUCAUCGAUCAAACCUACUCUUUCAUCAUACCUUCCUUUUUUACAAUCUAUUCUCCUCUCGCCGAGAUUUCUCCCCUUCUGAUUUCCCUGCCCUUACUAAUGCUGACAUGUGACCUCUCACGUGACUUUCCUUGGCAGGGUGGAAUGCAAAAUGUGACGUCUGCUUUAGAACCCAGUCUCCCAGGAAUCGUGACGACGCGGUCCCAGGCCCCCCUUCGGGUAGGUUGCUUAGAAUGUUUCUAUUGAAGACUGUCCAGCGUUUUCACUCAGUCAUAAUUAAAUGAAUUAGGGUGUACAUAGGUGCAGAAAAUGAGAAACCCUUUAGAGUGUUGAGUGGUAGGGUUGUCGAGUUUUCGUGGCACCACGAAACGCUGUCCAGUAUAAUGUGAACAUAGCGUUAAUCCGUCAAGCUAAACGCUUGAACGACGAAAAUGGCCACGCGCGCAGUUGAAGGUGCGAAAUGGGAGAGGCACCCUCGCCUCUUGCGUGACGCGCGUGAAACUUAACUAACCGGCUUUUUUGAAAGAAUAAUAAGAGAAUGCUGCCAGUCUACAGCGCUCAGCAAGAUGAGAACCAGCACGGUAGUGCCAAAGAUAUUUUGAGACUCACUGUCACAACUACAAAUCUUACACGGACCAUCUCUAACUACUUGUCCUUAGAAAUUGUUCUUCGCAUCUUUAUUCCUUAUUUUAUGCGUUCAUUCGCUUUCUUGUAUCUCAGGUCACCACAGUUCAACUGAAUAACAACACGGACCGCAACUGGGGAACCACUGCACUAAAAAAUGAUUUUCCUAAUGGCACCUUACUAAGGACCUUUGAACAACAGCAAGAGAAAGGUAAAACGAGGAUAAACACCAGCAUUUUUGCGCAGAAAUCGGUCACUGUUCUAGAUUACGUUGUGUUGUAAGCGGCCCUGUCAAGGGUGUUAGGGGGAAUCCGUGAAGGAUAGCAGAAAAAUCCAGCAAGGAAGCUCAGGUCCGUCGGUCAGUGCAAAAGAGCGAAAAACGAAAACAAGCGGUGAAGAAGUGAGCGAGCGAAAAACGGCGGAAGAGAGAAGGGAAGAGAAAGGAUCUGUUCAAGUACAUUCAGUUGAUCAAUUUAGGUUUUGGGAAACUACCCACCUACCCCUCCCCUAACCCAACAUUAUCACUUACCUCUCACUUAGGGCAAAAUUUUGGGUUAGGGGAGGGGUGGGUGGUCAGUUUCCCAGAAACGUAAAUUGAUCCCAUUCAAUCAGUCUACUACUCCGACUACUUCGUGAAAAACCGUUUCUCGAGUCAAAAUGUCAAAUGUCAAAACGUCAAAAGGUGCGGUGUAGGGGGCUUUCACCUGCUCGACGUGUUUGUUAGGGCCUGUUUACAUGGAGGUGGGGGACCCCAGGUAGGUUAAUUUGAUCACGUUUACAUGUUAGGUGGGGUGACCCGCCUAGGCGAGUAGCCCGGUUUGCCAGACCGUGUAACCCUCUCAGCCGGGAUCAAAUUUUGCCAUGUAAACGUUUCGAGGUGGGGUAGCCAGCCCAGCCGGGGUCGCAUUCGGGAUACAUCAAAUUCGCGCAAAAUUCAUUUUGGCGGUGGCUUGGCUUGGUUUGCCAGCAUUUUUCUUGUUUAGGUGCUCUGCGUUCAUUCAAUAAUCUUAAGAAAGUGCUCCCCGGGAUGGCGGGGUUGUAAGAUUACAUGUAAACAUAGUUAAUUGAGUGGAAUGGUUAUGAAACCUGUCAGACUCCUUUGUUAUAUGUUUUUGUGAACAUAAACUGCAGCACUGUUGUUUUUAUCAUUGAUGUUUGCCGCUUUUCAUAACCAGUCUCCUCUAAUAACUAUGAUGUAAAGGAGGGUUAUUUUUUUAUCCCACCUAAGCGGGUUACCUCACCUAUCUGGGGUCCCCCACUUCCCUGUAAACAGGCCCUUAGACACUGAGCUAGCGAAGCAAAAUGAUUGACAAAAGUGUUGAAGUAAACUGUCGAAAUUGGCUAAUCUUAGGGUAUACCAGGAGCUGGUAUACCAGAAUGAGCCAUUGAAAACAAUGCUUACAGGCUCGAAUACAUUGUCUCUCCCUAGCCCUCAUGCAGUGUUCGCGCAACUUUCUUGGAAUCUUGGAGUCUGGAACCGGCGAGGAAGCACUAAAAUUCACUCCCCAGGCACAGUAUCCGAAUGCGCUUAUCUGUAUUGCCCGGUAGUAUUUUGGAAGCCAUGGACAGCUGUUUUGCCUUCACUUAGGCUCACCAGUGUGGUAUUUCCUCCAGGUACCCUUUACUGUCCUUUACAAGGGAAUGCCUAACCCUAACCCUUGGACCCUCAUAUCCACAUAUCACAUGUCUCAGUAGCCUCCACCCCCUCCCCCCCACCCCUCUCUCUCUCAGUAAGCUGAUUUGGCAUUAGAACAGGAACGUCAUUUGACGACAGGAAAGAGCGCGGAAAGAACUAAACUAGACUUCCGGUGCCCAAUUUGGCGCUCAGCCAUUGAUCAAGCCAGUUGUUUGAUUUGCGCGCGCCGUCAUCAACUGACGUUCCCGUUGUGUUAGUAAAUCAGCCUAGUAUGAGGGUGAAGACGGACCUUUUGUGGCGUAGAGUGAGGUGUCCUAGCUCAGUUAAUACAGUUCAUAAUCUCGGAUCCUUUUUUUAAAUACAAAUGCUCUUUAUUCGUCAUCGAUUUCCACAGCCCGCCGUCGCGUCGCGAACACGCGCGGAGCCUCGAGCCACUCGCUACAAACCCUGUCUACUUCUGACUCCACGCACAGUCUCUCAAAUGACAGAUACGGGCGCACUUCCGGUAGCCUCAACCCGCAGCAGUCACUCAGCAGGCAGCCCCAGGCCUCCUCGUCUGUUCCGUACAUAGCUCACGGAAAUUACUCGUCUUACGGCGUGAAUGGCGACAUCCCAGAUUCAAACAGGUAA